CACUGAGAGAAUGUCGUUGCCGAGAAGCAUAACAUGGAAUUUUUAUUUGCAAAUUAACAUUUGAAGUGGUCAGUCGAUUUAAUUUUUUCCAGCGCAUGGAAAAGUAAACUUUACCAAAGAAAGCUGACAAAAAGAAUAACACACAGAGCUUUAUCAUUUUUGCUAAUCGAAAUCGUAUCGCAGAAUUUGCACUGAAAGCCGCGCUUAAACAAUUGAACACAAAAGAAACGAAUCACAAAAAAAAAACAUGGCUGUCUCAGCCUCUCAUCUCUGCUUGCGGAAUAUUGUGCUAUUGAUAUUUUUACUGUUUUUGGCUGAUGAUAAGAAAGGAGUGUCGGCCCUGAGUAAACGCUAUCAUUUGGGACGUUACUGGCAUGGUUUCCUUGGUGAGCCAAGUAAAAUUCCUUCGUUGCAAAGCGAGCGUGAAGUACCAGAUUUGUGGUUCGAACAACCCCUGGAUCAUUUCAGUGACACAAACAAAGAUGUUUGGAAACAACGUUAUUUUGUCAACGAUGAACAUUAUCGCAAUGAUAGUACGGCACCUAUAUUUUUGAUGAUUGGUGGUGAAGCUGAAGCUUCCAAGAAGUGGAUGCGUGAAGGUGCCUGGAUACAUUAUGCCGAACACUUUGGAGCAUUGUGUUUUCAAUUGGAACAUCGUUUCUAUGGCAAAUCACAUCCAACGAGCGACCUUUCAACUGAAAACUUGCAAUAUUUAACAUCCAAACAAGCACUGGCCGAUUUGGGGGCAUUUGUAUUGGCCAUGAAGGAACAAUACAAUUUGGCUCCUUCACAAAAAUGGAUAGCUUUUGGAGGUUCUUAUCCCGGUUCAUUGGCAGCAUGGGCCAGAGAAAAGUAUCCCGAUUUAAUUCAUGGAUCCAUAAGUACGAGUGGACCACUUCUGGCAAAAUUAGAUUUUACUGAAUACUUUGAGGUGGUGAAGGCAUCUUUGGCAAGCUAUAAACCCGAAUGUGUUGAUGUUGUGGGUAAAGGUUUUGCCCAAGUUGAAAUCCUCUUAAAACACAUGAUUGGUCAAAGGAAUUUGGAUGAAAAGUUCAAGACCUGCACUCCCAUUAAGGAUUCAAUUGAAAAUAAUUUGGAUAUUUCGAAUUUCUUUGAAAAUAUUGCCAGUGAUUUUGCUGGCGUUGUACAAUACAAUAAAGAUAAUAGUCCCCAUGCAAAAAUAACUAUUGAUGAUGUUUGUGAUGUUAUGCUCAAUACUACAAUGGGCCCACCUGUUACACGUUUGGCAGCCGUCAAUAGUAUGAUUUUGCAGGAGUCCAAUGAGAAAUGUUUAGAUUAUAAAUAUGAUAAAAUGAUCAAGGAAAUGCAAAAUGUAUCUUGGUCCUCUGAGGCGGCAAAUGGGGCACGCCAAUGGACGUGGCAGACAUGCAAUGAAUUUGGUUUCUAUCAAACGUCCGAGAAGCCAACAGAUAUUUUCGGUGAUCGUUUCAAAUUGGAUUUCUUUAUAAAACAAUGCAUGGAUAUUUAUGGUGAUAACAUGAACUCGGAUUAUUUGAAUUCCGUAAUAUCCUCAACAAAUGCAUAUUAUGGAGGCCUGAAACCGACAACCACAAAUGUUUUAUAUGUUCAUGGUUCCAUCGAUCCUUGGCAUGCUUUGGGUUUGAUUAAACCCAUUAAUAAAAAUACUCCAACUAUAUAUAUUGAAGGAACUGCUCAUUGCGCCAACAUGUAUGAACCCAUUAAAACGGAUCCACCUCAACUGGUUGAGGCACGCCACAAGAUUUUGAAAUAUUUGGCUCAACUUUUGGAGGGUUACUCGGCAACCAAGAUGUAAAAAAUAAUCUUUGAUAUUAAAAAAAAUUAAUGUAAAAAAUAUUUUUGUAAAAUAUAUACCAAAUAAUCAGUAAAUCUUAUAGAUGAUGUAAACAACUA